CCUCUCCCCACACGUUUGCAACAACACCCACCCAGCCAGUGAAGUUUUUUACAGCCCCUUCAACGAGCCGCCACCAUUAUGAGGAGCCGGCAAACGGAUUUAACACGGGAGAGUUUUUAGAGUUGAAUUGUUCCCGAAGCGGAGUGUGAAUCUGUCUGUGUGUGUCGGCCCGGGAAGCGAGCGAGGGGGGAUUAUUCUCACUCUCUCUCGCUGGAGUUGGUGUCCCCUCUGUAUCUACAUUCACCAUGUUCCCACAACUACUCCGGCUCUGCUUAGCUCUGGGGUCGAUGCCGCUGUUCACAGGAUCUCGCCUGCGUCAGGAGGACUACCCGCCGCGGAUCACCGAACACCCGUCGGACCUGAUCGUGUCGAAGGGCGAGCCGGCCACGCUGAACUGCAAGGCGGAGGGCCGGCCCAGCCCCACCAUCGAGUGGUACAAGGACGGCGAGCGCGUGGAGAUGGAUAUGGACGACUCUAACUCACACCGAUUGAUGCUGUCCAGCGGGUCGCUCUUCUUCCUGCGUAUCGUCCACGGGCGCCGCUCCAAGCCCGACGAGGGCAGCUACGUGUGCGUGGCCCGCAACUACCUGGGCGAGGCCGUCAGCCACAAUGCCUCUCUGGAGGUGGCACUCCUGCGCGAUGACUUCCGGCAGAACCCGUCGGACGUGAUGGUGGCCGCGGGCGAACCGGCCGUGAUGGAAUGUUUGCCGCCGCGCGGACAUCCCGAGCCGACCAUCUCCUGGAACAUGAACGGCGUCCGGCUCAACGACAGAGACGAGCGCAUCACGAUCCGCGGCGGGAAGCUGAUGAUCACCAACACACAGAAGAGCGACGCAGGCCAGUACGUGUGCGUGGGGACCAACAUGGUGGGCGAGAGGGAGAGCGAGGUGGCUGUGCUCACCGUCCUGGAGCGACCAUCGUUCGUGAAGAAACCAAACAGCCAGGUCUUGCUCGUGGACGAGACAGUGGAAUUCAAGUGCGAGGCUCGGGGUGACCCAACGCCCAGCGUGCAUUGGAGGAAGGAGGACGGUGUACUGCCCAAACUCAGGUCCGAGAUCCAAGGGGGCAACACGCUGGUCAUCACACGCGUGACCGGGGCGGACGUGGGCACUUACACGUGUGUGGCCGACAACAUGGUGGGCAAAACAGAGGCCUCGGCCACACUGACCGUUCAUGCUCCGCCCCAGUUCGUGGUGAAACCGAGAGACCAGAUGGUGGCGGUGGGGAGAACGGUCACCUUGAUGUGUGAAGCAACGGGCAACCCGCAGCCCGCCAUCUUCUGGCAGCGGGAGGGCAGUCAG